UUGUCUCCAGACACAGAAGGUCUUGUGUCCCGCCGAGCCUCGUCCUCCCACCAUGUACUCUGCAGGCCUGGAGAUCCUGGGGCUGAUCCUGGCGGUGGCGGGCUGGCUGGGGGUGAUGGUGGCGUGCGGCCUGCCCAUGUGGCGCGUGGCGGCCUUCAUCGGCCAGAACAUCGUCAUCUCCCAGGUGAUCUGGGAGGGCCUGUGGAUGAACUGCUCGGUGCAGAGCACGGGCCAGAUGCACUGCCGCGUCCACGAGUCCAUGCUGGGGCUUCCCGCGGACCUGCAGGCCGCCCGGGCCCUGGUCGUCGUCUCCAUGGUGACGAGCAUCGCGGGAAUCGGCCUGGCGGUGGCCGGCGCCAAGUGCACCAACUGCAGGCGGGACGUGAGCAGCAAGCCGCGGCUGGUGGUGGCGGCCGGCGUGACGUUCGUGGCGGCCGGGCUGCUGAUGCUGGUGGCCGUGUCGUGGACGGCCCACGCCAUCGUGCUGGGCUUCUACGACCCCAUGCUGGAGGAGACGGGCAAGCGGGAGUUCGGGAACGCUCUGUACUUCGGCUGGGCCGCGUCCUGCCUGCUCAUCCUGGGCGGCGCCCUGCUCUGCUGCUCCUGUCCGUCUAAAGCAGCAGCAGCAGCAGCAGCAGCAGCAGCAGCAGCAGCAGCAGCAUCGCCGAGAGGCGCCGCAUCCGCAGCGGCCAGGGUGGAUUACUCAGCCGUCAAAAGCACUUCGCUCAACGGAUACACCAGGAAGGACUACGUCUGAACGACUGACAUGACUGGAAAUGUUUGUGGAUAGAAGAACAGGGAAUCAAGUAUUUUCCUCUGUUUAAAAUGCAAAACUAAACUGACUUACAGGGAACUUUUCAACAAAAUAGGAGCUUCAGUCUUGAAGAUGAAAUAUGAUUUAUACUGUUUUACAACUAAAUUUAUUCAUAAAAAUCUAAUUUUGAUUAGGACAAUCAUUUAUCGUUUAGUGUAAAGUUUUCUAAAAUAUCAAUUUCUUAAUUAAAAUGUUCAAAGCAAGCAAGAAUUGUGAUGAUUUUUGCGACAACUGCAAAAAUAAAAAUAUCUUACCAGGUGAUUUUUCUCUAGUCAAAUAAUUUAGCACACAAGAAUUAACCAACUUACAACUUUACAGAUAGAUUUAAUAGCUCAUUCAAAGUCAAUAAUUCCUUAAUAUUAAGACACUUAAUAUUGGAAAAAAGCGUUUUGUUACAAAUAAAAUAUCAACCAGUGAAACUAGAACUUUUUCAUCGAUAUUAAGAAAUUAUCGACUUAAAACAAUCUCCUCUAUCUUGCUGAAAAGUUAAUUAUAAAUUAGUUUUGUCUUAUUUCAUAUGUGCUAAAACUAAAAAUACUUGGUAAGAUUUUAUGUUUUUACAGUGAAAUGAUUUCUUUUGUACUCAAAGACAUUUUGCAUGUAGAUUUUGUUCCUGUAGCUUUUAUUUAAGACUGAAUUGUUAUUAAAAUUACCAUUUACUUCAAAACUUUGGAUCUUUCAUGCAUAUUACUUCAGUACACUGUAAAAACAGAAACUCUUAUCAAAUAUUUUUGUCUAGUUUACAUUUGCACUUGGAAUAAGACAGGACUAAGAUUGUAGGUUGCUUUUUUUAAAUUCAUAAUUCUUAAGAGAAAAACACAACAUGUGAAAUAAUAUCCCGGUGGAACUAAUUAACACUUUUUAAUCAAUAAUGAAUUACUAUUGAGUUAAAAUCUUGCUGAAAAGUUUCUUCAAAGUUAGUUUGGUGUUUCCAAACCAGCUGAAACACAGAGUUCCUUUAAAUGAAGGCCCUUUAAAGUUAUCUUUGAUUAGCAAUAAGUGAGUCAUUGAUCAAUAUAUUUGGUGUGAAUUUAAAUGAUGAGUUUUAUAUUUGACCAAAUGUAAUGUCUACUAACUGCUUCAUAAUUGUUGACUGCAUGACGUUUAUGAUGUGAAGCACUUUGAACUGCCUUGUAACUGAAAUGUGUGAAACAAAUAAACUUGACUUUAUUUAACUCAAAGUGAACUGAGACGUCCCACUAGAACCCGACCAAAAUAGAUUUUGUUUUUGUACAUUUUUCAUGCAGAUUUUGUUCCUAAACAUUGAAA